AUGAACAUGAGGUCGCUGUCAUCACCUGCAACCGCAGUCCACCGAGUCCUCCUCCUCUCACCUUCAAUCCACCUCUCCACCUUCCCCACUCUCACCCCCUUCUUCCACAAACCCCCAUUCUCCACCAUCCGCAAUUGCACUUCCAUCACAGCCAAACCCUCUUCCCACUUCCGCAAAAACCGUCCCCCAAACUCCACCCCCGACCUCAAACUCACUGCCCUCCGCCAACUAUUCUUCAAACCCGAUGUCUCCAUUGACGCAUACAUCAUCCCUUCUCAAGACGCUCACCAGAGCGAGUUCAUUGCUGAAUGUUACGCUAGACGAGAAUACAUAUCUGGUUUUACUGGCAGUGCUGGAACCGCUGUUGUUACUAGCGAUAAAGCUGCUCUUUGGACUGAUGGUCGCUAUUUUCUUCAGGCAGAGAAGCAACUGAACUCCAAUUGGAUUCUCAUGCGUGCUGGAAAUCCAGGAGUUCCUACUACUAGUGAGUGGCUCAACGAGGUUUUGGCUCCAGGUGCUAGAGUUGGAAUUGAUCCUUUUCUUUUUACUUCCGAUGCUGCUGAAGAACUUAAGCAGGUCAUUUCUCAGAAAAACCAUGAGCUUGUUUAUUUGUACAAUUCAAAUCUUGUGGAUGAAAUAUGGAAAGAAGCUAGGCCAGAAUCUCCAAUUAAGCCGGUUAGAGUGCAUGACUUAAAGUAUGCUGGUUUAGAUGUUGCGUCGAAGCUGUCAACUCUGAGGUCCGAACUUAUCAAGGCUGGUUCAUCUGCAAUUAUUGUCUCCGAGCUUGAUGAAAUUGCGUGGCUGUUGAACUUGAGAGGCAGUGAUAUCCCACAUUCACCUGUUGUGUAUGCAUAUUUGAUUGUGGAGAUUGAUGGAGCUAAAUUAUUUAUCGACAAUUCAAAAGUUACUGAAGAGGUGGAUGACCACUUGAAGAAAGCAAACAUAGAGAUCAGGCCAUACAAUUCGAUUAUAUCAGAGAUUGAAAAUUUGGCAGCACGCGCUGCCGCCCUUUGGUUGGAUACUUCCUCUAUUAAUGCUGCUAUUGUAAAUGCCUACAAAGCUGCCUGCAACAAACAUUAUCAGAACUACGAGAGUAAGCACAAGACUAGAAACAAAAAAUCAAAUGAGAACUCGGAUGUACCCAUUGCCGUCCAGAAGUUAUCCCCUGUUUCUCUAGCAAAGGCCAUAAAAAAUGAAGCGGAGCUGAAAGGAAUGCAAGAUUGUCAUUUAAGAGACGCUGCUGCGCUAGCUCAGUUCUGGGAUUGGCUAGAGACUGAAAUUACUAACAAUACAAUAAUAACUGAAGUGGAAGUUUCAGACAAACUUAUUGAGUUUCGCACAAAACAAGCUGGUUUCUUGGAUACUAGCUUUGACACGAUAAGUGGUUCCGGUCCAAACGGUGCUAUAAUACACUACAAACCAGAACCAGAGAGUUGUAGUAUUGUGGAUGCCAAUAAAUUAUUCUUAUUGGAUAGUGGUGCUCAAUAUGUUGAUGGUACAACCGACAUUACACGAACAGUUCAUUUUGGCAAGCCAACGACUAGAGAGAAAGAAUGUUUCACCCGAGUUUUGCAGGGUCAUAUAGCACUUGAUCAGGCAGUCUUCCCAGAAGAUACCCCUGGUUUUGUGCUGGAUGCAUUUGCCCGUUCCUUUCUUUGGAAAGUUGGACUUGACUACAGACAUGGAACUGGGCAUGGUGUAGGAGCUGCACUGAAUGUUCAUGAAGGCCCUCAAAGUAUCAGUCAUCGUUUUGGAAAUUCGACCCCUCUGGUGAAUGGCAUGAUUGUUAGCAAUGAGCCUGGCUAUUAUGAAGACCAUGCCUUUGGCAUUCGGAUUGAGAAUCUACUGUAUGUGAAAAAUGUUGAGACACCAAAUCGUUUUGGAGGAAUCCAGUAUCUAGGGUUUGAAAAACUUACAUACGUACCUAUUCAGAUUAAAUUGGUUGAUGUAUCUCUGCUAUCUGCAACAGAGAUCGAUUGGCUUGACAACUACCACUCAACAGUCUGGGAAAAGGUUUCUCCAUUGCUCGAUGGUUCUGCUCGCCAAUGGCUUUGGAACAACACUCGACCCAUCAACAGUGAGACAGCUUAA